AUAGGCAGCCUCCUGCGGCUGCUGUCUCAGCCUCCCUGCUCCAGUGCAGACACACUGGAGCCUCUAGGACACCUGGACCAUGGACCCCAGGGAAUGCUCCUGCAUGUCUGGAGGAAUCUGCAUCUGUGGGGACGACUGCAAAUGCACAACCUGCAACUGUAAAACAUGCCGAAAAAGCUGCUGCUCCUGCUGUCCCCCAGGCUGUGCCAAGUGUGCUCGGGGCUGCAUCUGCAAAGGAGGCUCAAGCAAGUGCAGCUGCUGCCACUGAAAUGCAUCCGUCGUGC